AUGUUGUUACCUAGANCCGAGGACAUGCAGGCCGAAGCCAUCGAAGUCGGUAAGUUGAGGGUUUUGUGGAGACUCUUGUAUGCCGAGAGUAAUGGCCAGGGGGAGUUUUCUAAUCAAUGUCUUGGUUACANNGCACAAGAAGCCAUGGAGAAGUUCAACAUCGAAAAGGUCAGUCUGAUGUUGAGUUUAGCCAGGUCGCGUACAACCGCUGAUGAUACGAUCCAGGACAUUGCACACCACAUCAAGAAGACGCGCAAGGGUGUCACCUGGCACUGCAUUGUCGGCAGAAACUUUGGCAGCUUCGUGACUCACGGUAAGGUCCCCCACGGGUUGUUGGAGAUAACAAAUACUGAUAUAUUCAUACAGNAGACCAAACACUUCAUCUACUUCUACCUCGGACACUGCGCCAUUCUGCUGUUCAAGACGCAAUAG